GAAAGUGCGCCUUUUGCAUUUGUUUAAUAGUAUUGGAGCGUUGUUUAGAGUGGGCAGCCAACAUUUCUAAGACGGCGUGAGAAAACAUGAAGAGAACGGCUUGUUUACGCUAAAAUUCAUCCGAGGAAAGAACUAUAUUACGGGAAGGAGUACAUCUUGUGUCUCUUCCCGCCAAGAAUAUUGACAGAAUGAAAGGGAUAAAAAUCAUAUUGCUGUUUGUGGUGGUUGAAGUGUACCAUUGCAGUGAGCUUCCUUGGCGUAAACACAACAUCUACGAUUCCGCAUUAGACGAUCAAGGUUGCUCUCAAAGUCAACCAAGCUGCCAGGAAUGUCUGUCUAAAGAAGGAAAUUGUGAGUGGUGCAGUGAUGAAUCACUUACAAGCCAGUGUGUGUCGCAAGGAAGCAAAACUUGCCCGCGCGAAUACAGACGGACAGAAUGCAGUGCUCAAACAGCUGAUAACAGAAAAAGAGGGUCUGUAAUGGCAUACUAUGAUCAAUCUUUGGAUGAACUCAGUGCCGUAAACAAUGUUAUGGCAGAUGACUCGGCAGCCGGGAAUAGCAGUGUGGUAACAAUGAACGUCACCGCGUUCUGUGGCAGCCAAGGAGGUUGUGAGAACUGUACUGCGAGAGAGUUUUGUGUCUGGUGCCAAUCUAAACAAACUUGCCAAGCGUACUACAAUUCUUCAACAACAGAGCAGUCUUGCCCCGAAGAGAAAACAGCGUACAAAGGCCAAUGUAUUUAUCCAAGUAAGUUUGAAUAUGAGGUAUCGCCCUGUUAGUAGGUAGAUAACUUUCGUGUUACAUGCUUGAGAGACUUCCAAAGGAAUUCCUCGCCUUUUUUUAUAGCAUAGGCGAAGGAGUAUUUCAUUCGGUAAGAUGGCCUUUUAAGCUUAGAAAAACAGAGUGAAGAAUUUUCUAGGAAAGGUAAACGUUUCUUAAAGAAGCUAGCUUAAAUUGUACAGUUGCCGCGACAUUUCUAUUCUCCAUUUAUGCACGAAAGGUCUCUGAUGCUACAUACGUGACAAUUAUGCAAAAACAAGGAAAGCGCUUUGUGUCGUCAAACCAAAAGGAAAGAUCUGCGCAUAGCAAAGUUUCUAACGCCUUGGUGUUGUGGGCACUUUGAAUACCAAGGGAUGUUUUUCGGCAAAGAAAGAACUUGACAUGCAAUUUAGGUGUUUUACAGAAUUUUCCCAACCAAGAAACUAUGGAGAUGAGCUUGAGGCAAUGAAACUUGCAUAAUUAGAAUCCUCGUGUAAAACUUGUCCACACAUUCGACCACUGCUUCGAUAGAAAUCAACGCGUUUUUACAGCAUCUGUGACAAAUCAUAGUCUGGACAUUUCUAGACAUCGCCAUAACUUGAAAAUACUAAACAAGAAGGGUAGCAAGGCUUAUAACUUGCUUUUAAGAAAACAAAACCCUUGUAGGUGGUAUUUAAAUUAAUAAAUAUUCCUUACGCCAGAGGAUUAAUUACUCUUCAAGUUCGUAAAAACAUUUUAAUCAGAUGUGGCAAGUUUCGAGAAAAACUACCAACCAAAACAGAAAACCUAACGGAAACCCGUUUACUCUGAUGAACUUACAACUGUAUGAUUUUAUCAAAAUUCGACAGAAAACCAAAUUCUGACUUAAGGAAAUUUGUUAUUCACAUGCAAAUAUUCUAAAAGUUUUACCAUUAUCUCUCAAAAUAACACUCAAGUAGUGCUUUUAAUUGUCGCCUACUGCUUGAAGAAUUGCUCUUCGUGAGUAUAAUCUCUUCACUGGAGACCUUCAGCCUCCUCAAACUGAUUCCAUGCAUCCAAAAUUAAAACACUAAAUCUUUGGUCUUCAAGCUCUUCGCAAGAUAAUUUACCUUAAACAUUUUUUUCAAAUAUUCCCCUUGGGAAACUAAUUAUUUAUGUAAUUGGAAUGUACUUUGUACCGUCCGUUAAAUGCACUGUUUGAAAAAUUAGCAUGCUCUUUUGAACACAUUUUUCAUAGAACGAGUAUCAGCCGUGAGAAAAUUGCUGUACUUUUCGAACAUUUCUCUCGUAAGAAGAUUACCUAUUUGAAGAUCGAUGUUCUAUGCGGGUAUUCCCGGACCAUUCAAGGCCUUUUAAGUACUUAAGAGUACUUGAAACCGUCAGCUUCCGAAACUCAUUACGGCGGCCAAUUUACAUUAUAAACUCAGUUCAUUAAAACAGAUUCAUCUUGUUAUACCCCUACCGACGCAGCACAACAGUUUCUUAGAAACAUACCCCGUUUAUUCAUUUCGCAGUAUCGAGAGCAUUGAUCUUUGCUCCUCUGAGCUCCAGGACAGAUCAAAAUAUCUAAUUUCCUUUUCAUAAUCUCCCCUUGGGAAACUGGUCUUAAUGAAAAACAUGAUUUGCUGAAUGCACUUUUGACUUGAUCAAUUAACUAUUAGGAGAAACAGUAGUUAGCCUAAUUUUGGAGACGGGCCCAGACAGCGCUGUGAAUGUUUUUCUGUUUUUCAUAAUUACAAACAGGGGAAGAAUUCCACGAAUAUAAAGCAUACAACUUGUGAUAACAAAAGAACAAACGAUGUAUUUAUGAAGGAAUGUUCAUGAUAAAAAGCCUUUUGUUUCUGCCUCUGUUUAAUUCUCUUGUUUUCGGAAAUGGCAUUCCUCGCCUUUCUAGAAAAAGUUCAUAAUUGCACUGCUGAACAAAACUAAAAAGAGAGACAAGAUUCUAAUAAAUUCAAUCUAAUUUUAUUUUACUACACAGGACAAUACAUAUGGGUUAAUAUUUUUUCUUCUUUCGAAGAUUCAGUCGCAAUAAAACAAAUAAAAACUUAGUUUUACAGAAUCUCGCUACUGCAUGAAAAGCUUCUAUUGAAAUCACAUCGAUGGCGGCAAGAAAUAUAGAUGGACGAGAAGGGCUUGGGAAAGAGAGAAAGAGGAAUCAUUAGAUGUCGCUGUUCCAUUGGAACAAGCCCAAAAUAAACAUGAAGUGUGCUUAUUUCAAAAGGAAGGGAGUAGAAGAACAAAGCUAGGUGCGAUUUGUGUAAAGACAAAAAAAAAACCACAAAAACAUAAAACUCACAUACAAAAGUUACAAAACCGCAGGACAAAAAUUAAAAAUAAAAAAAAAUUCACAGAGAUCAAGUCAGAAAGAAAAUGCGAAAAGGAAGAAAAAAAGGAAAAAGGCUGCAUAUUAGAUAUGAAGAUCUUUAACCCAAGAACUCCCGUAAGAGAUUGACCUGUAACUUCUCCCUAAAAUAUCCAUACAUUAUCUAGUAUACAGGUAAUGAGAAUACUCAAAUUUAUCAGGUAGAAGUCAUUAUCUUGAUCUAACACAAAAUUCUUGUGACCGUUUUACAAGGAAAUACGUAGAAGCUAGUGGGGAGAAUUAACAAUCAGAUCUUGGAAUUUAAAGGCUCUAAGGGAAGAGGAGUAAGCAAAUUUUAUAUUUUUUUCCUUUUCAGUUGGAGUAAUUCCCUGCCACGAACGGAAGCGAUCAUGUAAAAAGUGUCUUCAUCAAGACGCCUCGUGUUACUGGUGCUCCUCCACGGAAAAAUGCGCACGGUUCCUGUCGGUUAAUUUCGAACCAGACGAUUGUCCCAAGGAAGAUUGGCAUUACAAAAAUGCCCGAUGGCAAAUGAUCUGUUGUGGGUUCUCCUUCCGAUAUUAGCCAUAAUUCUCAUCCCGAUCAUUGUUUAUCUCAUAAUUUGGUUGAUAUGUUGCUGUAUGCGGGCAGCCGGAUACGAGCCCCUGGAACCCACGGAACCGUCCAAGAAGAAACACCCUAAGGGUAUCCGACUGAAACCCGGGUCCCCCUCCAACAAGACAGACGAACUGAGAAGGAAAUAUGAUCUCAAUAAUCCGUAAAUCACCAUUUUAGUGCUUUACACCCUGACAUCAGUAUCAAUGUUCUCCAUACUGUUUUUAACACAUUUCAUUUUCUACCGACAAGGAAGAUUCAUUUAAUAAUCAAAGUCUCUUAGGUUGGUGAUCACUUUCUUUAUUCUUCUGAGCCCAAUAGAUGAUUCAGCAUUGUAUGGAGAAAUUAGAUGCUGGUCACUCUUAGGUUUACCACAGCUCAUUGUGACGCAAAAAGCACAACUAUCAAACGCAACCAUAUCGUAUAAAUCGUGAGUAAGUAGAGGCUUUAUUUACUGAGGGUUACAUUUUAUGGUGGUAAAAACACUGAUUUUCUCGUGGCCCUAUGACUACUACCCAAUUCACACCAGCAGAACAUGUCUUUUAAAACUGGUUUUACCACUUAUUGCCUCGUGACCAAUCAGAACCAGAUAACCGCAACGAAACAUAGAGGUCGAGGAACUAAAUCAAGCACUAAGAAAAACCCAUUGCGAAUGAGUGCUGGAGUUUGAUAAUUCAUCUCAGACACUUCCAUAUCUGCUUUAUACUUAGUGUGUAUUUAUAAUAACAACGUACUUCUGCAAUCGUAUAAUCAUAGUAAAGAUUUAAAUUUAGCGAGAAAAAGAAAGAAGGCAACUAUUUUUAUUUCGUUUCAUUGAAUCCAUGUCUCGUACGAGCUGAAUCCCUGUUCUACGAAAUUUCGCACUAUUUAAAUUUUCCUUUCUCUACGAAGGGAGAGAAGCGUUAUGCUUCAUGGAGCCUUUGUGUAAAGAUUUUAACAUUUAAAUGGUAACCACGAAAAAAAACACCGUCAAAGUUCAACCAGUCGACACGUAAACGUGGAGGAAAACAUGUGACGGAGCAGUGGAAUUUCCCUUUGCAAUAGUCAAGUUUAUCACAGCUGUCAUGAAUUCUCUAUGAAUUUUCCUGCGUUAAUAACAUGGACGUGAAAAUCACAAACAGCCCAGACCAGACUGAAUUUUUUGUAAUUAAAAUGGAUUUUGGUGAUAUGUGUCUCUUGAGUAAUUAGUUUUAAAAAUAAUUUCGGUAGCGUCAACUGGCAGCGAGAUAGAGACACGUUAUUACUUAUGAAAGGUUAAAACUAGUGAAUAAGGAUGAGCAAAUAGACAUAGAGGAAAAAUUGUAAAUUGGUAGAUUAGGGUAAAUGAUAAGUACUUAUUGACCUAGAGGGAGGGCCGGACAAGAAAAUAUUUGGCUCGACGUUGGGAAGCACAGACAGAACACAG